ACAUCAACAGAGUUACCAACAUCAGAAAUUUACUUAAUGGCGAACUAUGUAAAUCAUACGGGACGGAUUGUGCUAUUGUGUUUUUACACUCGCAUUUAGAUUGUGUUUAAUUAUCGAGUGCUUCUGGUGAUAAUAAAAACGUAUUGAUCAUUAAUAUUCUGGUCAAUAUGGCCAAAUAACGGUACUAUUCAUUAUUACACAUUACUGCUGUUACUUUAAAACAACUGUUGUGACGCUGUUUGGUAAAAAUGGUUACCUCUAAUAAACUGUCCGACAAAAAAGUUGUGAAAAUGGCUGAUCAUGAACACAACAACAUCGCCGUCGUGCCACAAAGAACACUCUUAGGGGAAGUUAACGAACACAUAACGUGUCCUUUAUGUCGUGGUUAUUACAUCGAUGCGACAACAAUAGUUGAAUGCUUGCAUUCCUUCUGUCGGAGUUGUAUAAUUAAACAUCUACAAGUUAAAAGUUACUGUCCUGUAUGCGAGAUGAUGAUAAAUUCAGCAAAACCUAACAUAAAGUUAGACAAGGCCCUCCAGGAUAUUGUGUACAAACUAGUACCAGGCCUUUUUCAAAAAGAAAUGGAAAGACGUCAACAAUUUUAUGCUUCGCGACCUGGAACUGCGGCAGCGGCGACUCCCGAACAACGAGGUGAAGAUACCGAGAGAAUAAUUUUUAGCCCUGAAGAUGUUAUAUCUUUUUCUUUGGAAUAUGCGGACCUAACAGAUGCUGAUAGUAUUUCUAGCAAAUCAUCUGACAGUAAUGAGUCUCAGAGUUCCCCAGCCACAACAAGGCGGUAUUUGCAAUGUCCUGCAGUGGUAAACAUAAGUCAUCUUAAAAAGUUUUUGAGCAUGAAGUUUGACAUUGAUAGCACUCAGUUUGCUAUAGACAUUUUAUAUAAAAGAGUACCUCUGUCAGAUUAUUACACUUUGAUGGAUAUAGCUUAUAUAUUUAACUGGAAAAGAAAUGAGCCAAUGAGAUUUUUUUAUCAAAUUAUUGAUUAUGUGGCUAUCAGAAAUAGGUUGUUUGAUAUCAAUAGGAAAGGUUCUCAUUACCGUGAUCGGAAAUCAAGCCCUGCUUCGACUGAAGAUACAAAUGUAAGCAGUCCUGCACCACAUUUAAAUGACCAAGGAUCAGAAGCUUCAUCAGGUACAGACAGUCCAAUGCCAGAUGAUAGUUUAAAACACUCUGGGGAUACAUUGAAUAAAAUAGAUAAACCGGGACCAGAAAACAAAACUUUAGAAAAAAGUAGUAGCUCGCACAUGUCACCUAAAAAAAGUGAUGAAGAUGUUGAAAAAUCUCAGUUUUUGAAUUCAUUUGAAUUAACAGCUAAGAGCAACUGUAUGCCUGUUAAAACAUCACCGAGUAAAAGCAAUAUAUCUGAAGAAAAACCUACAUCUUUAAUUGAAUCAACACAGAAGAAACAAAUUAACUCGAUAGAAAAACUACCCAAAGCUGAAGAAAAACUUUUAGACAGUUUAAAACGAAAGAAUCCAACAUGUGCAGGAACACCUGAAUUGAAAAAAUUAAAAGUAGAGUUGGAAAAAGCAAAAAUUUCCAACUAUAUAAAUAAUUCAAGUUCCCAACAGUCUUCUUCCAAUCAACCUGAAAAUAGCAAAACUGAGAAUACUGGAGGUGAAAAGAAAACUGAUGGAAUAUCCAAAGGACCACAAGUUCCUCUAAUACCUAGUAAUAAUACUCCAUCCACACCUGUCUCUAAAGAGAUAAAGCAGCAGCAUCAAGUUUCUACUCUAAAACAAGUUACAGAGAGUCCUGUGUUAAAGAGGUUGGUAACUGUCCCUCAAAAUACUUCAUCACCUAAACGGAAACCACCUAAUGAAAUGACUCCAUCCUCAGUUCAAAUGCCAUCAAUGGUACCUAAAGCUGUUUCACCAUUGAAACUACACAUUCCUAAAUUGGAAACCCAAGGUGACAAUAUGAUCUCUAAACCUGUGGAGACUCCAAAACCACCAAUGAAAAAAAUGCCAGAUCUAAAGCCUAGUGGUCUAACAUCUCAAACGUCUCAAGCCAAAAGUCCUACUGUUAAUAAAGUGAGAAUGGAUCUUUUAGCAAAUAAUAGUGAUCCUACUAUUGAUAGAAGCAAAAUUUUAUCUCAAGUAAAGUCAUCACUUAGUGCUCAAAGUUCAGGUCAGAGUUCAGGGGAUCCCCUAAAAUCUUUGUUUGAUUCAUGUAAAAUCAAUAUACCAUCCUCAUUAUCCAUAACAUUGACUGAUCAAAAAUUAGACAAUAGAGGAUCAGUAGAUGCAUCUAAUGUCGAUGUUAAAAAAAACAUUGUAAACAAAAAUAUAGCUGGUGCAAGUAACAUCUCCUCACAUAAGGCACCAAGUCCUCCAGUUCAUAAUUACAUAGAAAUACUAAAAUUACCAGACACUGAUCCCAAAAAACAAAUGAAAACCGAUAACACUUCUGACAUAAAGUGUCCCCCACAAAAUAAACCAGAAGGCACUACAUCACAACCUAAGUUUCUGAAUAAAAGUUCUGAAAGUUCAGCUAAGGGCCCCAUACCGAAUUUAAAACCAAUUGCUGACACAAAACUAGUUAAACAAUCAGGAAGCUUCGCGGCACCAAUAACUUUCCAACAGACAUUUGAACAGCAGUUACAGUCUAUGCAAUGUGACAAAAAAACUAAGUUGCCUAAGAAUAAAACUCAAGUUCCUAAACUUGUGCCAGCGAAAUCCCUUGGUGCAGUUACUAAAUCGAAUCAUCCUGUUAACAAACCAGCUUUAGGUUCUACAUCCACCACAGAAAAUAAAACCAGUGCUGCUCUAGAUUUAUCAACACCACAUAAUGUUCAAACUCAACUUGGUUCCCAACAAACUUAUGAUAAAGCACUAGAAACUAUGCAAACUAUAGCAAAUUUGGCAAGAAAACAGAAUAUCCCAUCUAAAGGAUUAUCAGUAUCAAUGCCACAUAAUAAUGUUUACCCCAGCAUAGCCAAUAGGACAAUGACAACAGGUGUUAGUCCAUUGCGUCUUCCAUCAACAAGCAAUAUGAAUCAAAUAAAGAUUGACAAAAUCAAUGCACUUGCAUCACAAACCAUAAAUAAUAGACAAGAUACACAAAGUAAAACCAACCAAAUGAAACUAACAAAUAGUGCAACUCCAGCAAUUUCCCCAUUAAAUUAUCAGAUAGGCUCUCAUGCACCUGUAAGUACAGCACAACCAUCACCAAGGUCUCAAACACGUUCACCUAGUUCAUCUCCAAAGUUAGUAAUAGCAGAAGAGAAGCAAAGUGUCAAUUCAUUAACAGAUCAUACCAUGAAUCAAUCAAAUCAAAUUACUAGUACACAAUUACCAAAUCUUAGCAUACCGAAAAGUGAAUCUCCGAAAGCGUCUCCAGGACCAUCAAAAUCUGGUUUAAAACCAGUCAAACCACUAACAUCUGGUAAGGUAGCUGGAAUAUGGCAACCCUUGACACCAACAAUGAAAACAAAUCCAGCAAUGAGUUCCCCAAGUGAUUAUCUUUCUCAACAAAUGGCCAGACAAAUGGAGGUCAAUGCUUGGAUUAAAGCUCACAGACAAUAUGAAUAUAUGAAGAACAUGUCAAGUAUAGCACAUCAAGCUGAUAAUGAUUUUAAUAACCAAGACAAACAAAUGUCGGUGCAACAAGGAACGAUUCCUUUUAAACUACGAAAGAAAACUUAUAUUAGAACCGAGAUUGGUGAUGAAAAUGAGGACAUAUCAAAUUUGGUUGAAUUAUCAAAAUUGAAGACAUCAAAAAGGCAUUUAAAUAAGAAUAAAACCGAUACGGAAGAUGAUGGAUGUGUAGGAGCUAAGAUACCAAGGAAGAAUAAAAUUAUUUCAUCUGUUGCUAAUGAAAAAAUACUUAAUGAAGAAAAUAACCACGAACAAACACCUCUGGCGAGCAGGGAAAAAGAAAUCGAGUGGCUUGAAAAUUUCCUGACAGAACAUGCAGAAACCCAAAAGUCUGCUUCGCUGUAUAUAUCAGGGCAGCCGGGCACGGGUAAAACUGCUAGUUUAUCGUACAUAUUGCAACUACCAAAGAUAAAACAAAACUACAAACAAGUGUAUGUAAAUUGCACAAUGAUGAAAUCAGCUGCCAGUAUAUACAAUAGAGUAUGUAAAGAACUUCAACUUCAAACAUCUGGUACAAGUGAAAAAGUCUGCUGUGCUGCUAUAGAAAAAUAUUUGAACAAAAAACAUAAAAUGAUCCUUUUGGUGUUAGAUGAGAUCGACCAAUUGGACAGCAAGCGGCAAUCAGUACUGUACACAAUAUUCGAGUGGCCUGCGUUGAGUAACUCGCGGCUGGUGCUGAUCGGGAUCGCCAACGCGUUGGACCUCACGGAGAGGACCCUGCCGCGGCUGCAGGCGCGCUGCUCCCUGCGGCCACAAACACUGCACUUCGCACCCUACACCAAAGAACAAAUCAUUAACAUAUUCACUAACGUCUUAGCCAAUGAGGAUAAAGGCAACUUGUUUUCACCAGUCGCGUUGCAAAUGUUGGCAGCAAAAAUUGCUGCCGUCUCUGGAGAUAUGAGAAGGGCAUUAGACAUAGGACGGCGAGUUAUAGAGCUCGCAAAACGUAGCAAGUUUUCGGACAAUAAAUCUGUUGAUAGUAUGAUGAAGGAUUCAUCAGUGACAGUAGAAUUGAAAGAAGUUUUACAAGUUUUGAACGAUGUGUACGGCGGAUCACGGAAAAUAGAGAACGACGUGGACGAAGCGUUCCCGAUGCAACAGAAAUUAAUCCUAUGCAGUUUGAUGCUGAUGUUGACUAAAGGCAAAAGUAAAGACAUCGUGUUAGGGAAACUGCAUGAUGUUUAUAAAAAAGUGGCUCAGAGCCGUAACAUAGUGCCGCUGGAGCUGAGCGAGCUGUGGACCGCGUGCUCGCUGCUGGAGGCGCGCGGCGCGGUGCGCGUGCGCGCGGGCGGCGGGGGCGGCGGCGGGGGCGGGGGCGCGGGCGCGGGCGUGCGCGCGGCGCGCCUGCGCCUGCAGUGGGACGACGCCGAGCUCGGCGCCGCGCUGCAGGACAAGCCGCUGCUCGCCGCCAUACUCAACGGCAACCACUGCCUGCAUUAAUCACUCACUGAUUACGGCUAAAUUCAAUUCCUCUCUAGUUAUAUUUUGUUUUUUAAAGUUCCAAUACUUACAUUUUGUCAAACAUGGGAUAUAGUUAUUCGAAAUAUCAUACAGGCAUAUCAUCAUACGGACGUCUGGGGACUUUUGGUCUCAAUACUUUCUUUAAAUUUAGAUAGAUUCUUUUUUUUAUACGAUUCAUAUGCUUUUGACGAGGGGUUUUUAUUAACCUCGAUAUACCUACUUAAUAUGAUUGACAUUAUUAACUACUAAUAGGACUUCACCUGACUUGGCCAUCCACUACUAAUGCUUAAUAAUUUGUAUUUCGCUCAUAUUUUAUGCUAAGGACAAGGCAUAUUUUAUUAGAAUUACUCAUAAUAUCGUGGCCGUUGCUAUCAGAACUGUAAAAUGAGUAUUAAAUUUGUCAAUAGGCCUUAUAUGCCGUGGCCUAGGGGCUGCAAAAUUUUCGAAUAGUGGUGGUCCAAAUAAGGCCAAUUUACUGAAAAUUGAAUGCGGAAUAUUAUGGUUACCUAACCUGAGGAGCUUUUUUUUCGUGUUUUAAUUGCCUGACUCAUUUGUUGAUUCACUUUCAUUCAGCCCAUACUCCGAACCGGUCAUGUUAAAAAUGUAAAUAUAUUAUAAAGUAGGUAACAUUAUUUUUAUUCUCAGAUUUCUCUGAGAAAACGCGAAAGUAGAUGUAACAGUUUGUUUUAAAAACAAUAUUCUAUUAGCAAAAAUCUUAACAGUAUAAAGUCAUGUAUUUCGGCAUAUUUUAUAUUGAAUAUUCGAGGGAAAGAGAAUGAGCUAGAUUUUUAGGUCAGAUAUUUUUUAGGAGAAUGAUGACAUCCACUGAGAAACAGCUUUAUAAAAUUAAUUACGUAAGUAUUUAAAGGGAUGCAACAAGCAGGACCAAUCAAGCGAAUGGAGCAGAGAUCUAAUAAAUUAUUCUCAAUUCCAGAUUACGUCCUGCAAAAUAAAUGGUCCCUAAUUCAUGAAUAAAUUCUAUUCGAGCCUGAGUCUACUCACGUUAAGAUUGUAUCAGUUCAAUCUUGUGUUGUAGGUAUUUUCAAAGAUUGCGUAAUUACUUGAUAUCGUGCAUGCGGAGUGAAUGCACUCUGCAGCUCCGACAUCUGAGGUUCUAUUUUAAGACUGACCUAGCAGAAUCAUGUGAUAUGCUGUUUGUGCAUUCAGAACAUUUGUGAUGUUGAACUAAUGAAUGUUUACGAUACGAACUCAUUCGUUUUAUAACUAUUAUGAUAAUACACCAACGUGUCGUUAUGCGUGUUGUUAUUAGCAUAAAAAAAUUGGUCUCUAUUUUUACGGUUAUAGUUAUAAGUUGUUAUAAUGAUUUGUUUGUACUGCCAAUGACUGAUAUUUAAUUGAGAUUGUGUUGUAAUGUCGAAUUUUUGUAGAAUGAUUAGGAAAAACCAGCAAGUGCGAUACGGAUUCGAGUGUUCUGUACAAACUUGUAUGUAGAUAAGGUAUCUAAGUAUAGGAAAGUACUUAUACGUUGAAAUUGGAUAAACUUAACUGCCCUUCCCUAGACACGGUUGUUGUCCUAACUACUAAUAACAAGUUUGUAAUAGUAAAUUAGCUAUUUUUAAUAAAAUACAUAUUUACGGUUUUCAGAUUGUGUCCUUUACAUGUGCUGUAAAACAUUGCCUCUUACCAAAUUUCAUAAUUCUAGGUCAACAAUAAGUACCCUAUAGUUUUGAAUCCGUUGUUCAAUCAUAAAAUAUCUCAAAAUAUGCGUAAUAAUCGGUCAAAUUUUGAUCGCGUUGACUGCAACUUUGGUUUUUAAUAGCUGAGAGACCGUAGAGGGGAGUAUUUGAUAUAAAUUUCAACGUUAUGCUCUAUACGUUAUUGGGAUUAGGGUCUUGACAAACGGAGACGGGCAAUGAAACGAUCCCAUAAGGGUUCCUUUUGAGGUACGGAACCCUAAUAAAAUAAAUAUUUUUUUAUAUAUAGGACUGGCUAUGAGGUCUAACUAGGCGACUUAAUAUGCUUACUAAAUUAAUCUUCGAUUUGCUAGUUGUUACAUAGUGAUGUAGUCUCUCAGCUUACUAAAGUGACAUCACUAUGUGGCGUCCUUCCGGCCACUGUCACUUCCGCACACUUUACGUCCCGAGAGCGUCGGCCUGGUCAUGCCUGAUUAUAAUUAUGAUUGUAGUCUUAAUUAAUAAAUAUAUUGUCAUAAACGACAGUGUCAUUAUUCAUCAAAUACAGAACCAAAAUACACUAACACAAAGUAGCAUGAUCCGGGACAUGGUACAAAAUUAUAUCCAAAUUCGUUCAACCGCUUCUGUGUGUCCUAAAUUUUACUUAUAAGUUAAAACAAACAUUCAAAGAUCCCAUUUAUAAUAUUAUUAAUGGGAAACAAAAUGAAAAUGUAAGUUAAGUUUAUUGAAUGAUUUUAAAACAUAUAAAGAAAAAAAGUGAAUUAUUAUAUCCGCUUUAUUUAGAAAGUUUAUUUUUAUUCGCAACAUACGUUUUUUCUGGUAGCCUAUUUGCAUAAUAUUAGUGCUUUUGUUUCAGUAUAUAGAUAAUUUGUGAUUAUAAUCAUUUUGAAUAAAUCUUUACCUGAUUAGUCUUAGAUUAAACUCGCGACGUAUUUGGAAUAUAAAAAUAUAAAUAUCAUAUUAUUUACUUAAAUAGUCAUUCGCGAAGAGAAGUCACUGGCAUCUUAUAAAUCAUGUGAAAAUAAAUCUUUUUUAGAAAGUUAUGUAAAUAAUAUACCAUUUUGUAUAAACUAUUUUACAAAAUCAUUUCACCACGGAAGAGCGGCUAAUAAUAUAUAUGUAAAAAAAACAUAAGAAUCGACUUCGACUACUUGUUAAUGCGAUUUUUUUAAAUCUUACAUUUAAUAAAACAAAAAAUAUUUAAAAAAAGUGGUCGCUCAAUGGUCGAAUAUUUAAAAAAAGUGGUCGCUCAAUGGUCGAAAUUCAGCCACAAUUCAUACAUUUUAUUUAUCUGCUCUCCUCUGUGUGAACUUUAAUUGUGCCAAAUGUCACCUUCCUCCGUGCGCGCAAUGUGCUUAAAAAGUUAUAUAAAGUUUUUUCUCACGUAUUAUUAUAUAGAUUAUUAACAUAUGUACCAGUUGUUACAAGUACUGUCAGACAGCUAUUGUGACAGGUAUCUAAUACACAGCUUAAACCGGUGUCUUUUGGAUUACGAAAAUAGGAUGCUCCCCCCAGCAAAACAGCGGUAACCGUAAUUUAUAAAAAAAUUAUACAGCAUAUUUCUACAAUAUAAUAUCUUAACUUUGGUAGUUUUCCUUUUUUUUCAUUUUCAAAUAAUACUAUCAAAUAGACAAUUCAAUAAGGAAUAUUUUGAUAUUUUAAAAUAUCCAAAAAGACCUAAAAUUGAAUUUUGAAAUAUUUUUUUCCUAGGUCUUUGCAUAUUCCCGUUGUUACUCACGCGCCGAAAAUGUAUAAACCAAAUGCUCAAGGCCCUUUACUCGGGGAUGAGUCUUAAGCUCACUAUUCGUUACACGACAUACAUGAGCACUAAAAGAGGAUUUUUGAAAAUUCAUCCUCUAAGUGUUUUGAGAUACAGAUAUAUUAAUAAAACAAGACACUACCUUUCUUAAUUUUCAACAUUAGCAACAGGAAAGGGUAAGGCUCGUUUCCGUAACAAGACGAUUAUAUUUGGGAAUUAAAUGUUGCGGAAACAAUAGCUCUUAGUGAUUUGAGAGUGAUUUUAGAAAGACAACUCAUGGCCUCGGUAUCAAUGCCAAAUCAACAUUUGUAUGAAACACUUAAAACGAAUGUAAGCAUCUUUUACGUUUUUGAACUUAGUAUAUUUCGGAUAUAUUUCGAUGCUUUUAAUAUCGCGCGUUUCUAAAUGACGUUUUUUUAAACAAUUGGGAAAAUAAGAUGGCAGGACAAUGACUAUCGGUAACCGGACAUUAAAAACCGUAAAUAAAUAAUUAAGAUACAGAAUUAUAAUUUGUGCAUGAAAGCUCGUAUCAAAUAUUAUCAAUGUUUAGCUCCUUGUGAUCGAUUCAUAAGAUUUUGCAUUCUUUUACUUAUUUUGACUUCGAUUGCUUUUAUAUGUUUGAAAUGUGCAAAAAUGUUAUGGUUUGGUAAAAAUUGUUUGCUAUUAUUAAUACUUUGGUGAUUUAUUGUUUUUGUGAUGUAUUGUUUCGUUUAUUACGCCUUAGCGCGUACGGAUUAUGUAAUGCGGAUUGUUUCAACGUACGUCGAAAUACAUACCAUACCUAUAUGUAAAGUCUAAAAGUUACUUUGAUAAUAGUUAUAUUAAUAUACCUUGUUAACUCUUUAUAUUCAUUUCUAAAGACUAAUCAAAAUUGGUUUUAUUUUUCAAAAGUUAGAAGUCAAAACGAAAUAUCUGUUAACAUACAUGUAUAUAUGCUUUGCCGUAUGGUUUAACGAUUACAAUUUAGGUAUUUUGAAAUAAUUCACAUUGACUCGUUUAUUUGUAUAAUUAAGUAUUUGCUUAAUUCUAUGAAUUUGUGCCUACUAAUCUAAUUACUUUGUGUUAAAUUCUUACCUUAGAAUUAAGAUCAUGUCGAAUAAAUAAAAAGAAGUUGUCCUAA